CAACGGCGUGCCGUUACUUUUCACCUGCCACCCACACCAUCUAGCAACCACCAACGCCUCCCCGCUGGGAGGCAUAAUCUGUCCCAAUCGUCCCGUCCAUCUCCUCUGAUUCAACCCAACAAUCCAACGGCACCAUGACGACAACCGACCAAUCCUCCCCGUUGCGACAAUGCUUCAUUUGCCUUCUCGACUCGACCGAGACUCCCGAAAAUGAAGACUGGGUGAACCCUUGCCCUUGCACCCUCGAGGCACACCAGAGCUGCAUGCUCCGCUGGGUGGCAGAGAUGGAAGCCGCGGGCGGUGGGAGCCGAAACCGAGGCCGCCGCGCCAGCACCCUUCAGUGCCCGGCCUGCAAGGGCAACAUACAGGUGUUUGAGCCGUUCGACCCGGCCCUCUGGCUGAGGGACCGCAUGCUGCAGACCUACAGCGCCGUUUCGCCCGUCCUGCUCAUGUGCUUCGUCGGCGGCUCGACGUUUGGCGCCAUGGUCAAGUUUGGCGACUUUUCAGUCGCCACGUUUGCAGGCAGCUUCUCCGCGGUGCGCAAGUGGCGGUUGGAUGGCAUCCAGAGGCCGCUGGAUCCGAGGUGGUUUGCUACAUCUGCCGGGCUUAAGUUUGCCACGAUCCAUAUGUUCAAGCUCUGGGCGCUUGCUUCAAUAGGGCCUGCUUUGAUCAUAUCAAAGGCUUUCUCGGGAAUUGGCAAUUUGUUGCUCCCGGUUUCUUUGGCGUCGAGUGUAUUAAUGACCGCCAAGGACAACGUCCCGCAUUGGCCGCCGUCUCCCGAGUGGGCCUUGACCGCGAUGCCGGCAGUUAGCCUUUGCUACUCUCACGUGUACUACACACUCUUUGGUCGCUUCGAAAAGAGGCUCAACGCCGCGAUUCGUGGCAGGGACCCAGACGCGCCUCAGGAGGAGGCUCAACUGGAGCAGCAGCACAAUGGUCAGGAUCAACAAGGGCCACAACAACCCGGGCAACGUCGGCGUAAUAACCGAGACCGUGGUGUCAAUGUCUGGGAGGCGGGGCUGGGAAGAAUCAUGGCACUUGCGAUAGCGCUGGUUUUUGGUUUAGAUGAUGAGGAGGGCGAGCAGGAUGGGGAGGGUCGUGAUGGCGAUGACCAACGGGUCGAGUUUGAACUCGAAAUUAAUUUGCAAGUCCCGGAUGACGAGGCGCAGGAAGCUCCGCAAGAUCAAAUGGCAAUAGCACAGGCUCCCGCUCCAGAUGAACUGGAGCCGGUCCCCGACGUUGGAACAAUACCACUUCCUGCUGAGGUUGAGCCUGGACAAGAGCCUGAGGUCCAGGUGGAAAAUGCCGACCUGCAACCAGAAACACCAGGCGCAAAUCAAGCCGCUGCCGAAGAGGCGGCCGACCCCCCACCUGCGAUCCAGCCGGCACCACAACCGCAAGCCCAACCCGACCAGCCAGCCGAGCAGCCGCGCCAACGCCGGGUAGAAGGAGCCGGGAUCAGCACGUGGUCCAGGAUAAUCAACGGCACCGUGUCUGCCCUCCUCAUGCCGCAGAUAUCCUUCGCCAUGGGCGAGGUCCUCCGUCUGACGCUACCUGCACGCUGGGUAAGCAAGCGGUGGGGUGCACCCAAGGGGCUUCUGCAGCAUACCUGGGGCCGAAGUCUAGUCGGCACUUGCCUCUUUGUUGUGCUGCGGGAUGCGGUGUCGCUCUUUGUCAAGUACAGGCGGGUGCAGGCGAUCAAGAACCGCACCGUGAGGAAUUUUGACCCUACCGCUGCUGUUAAGGCUGGAUCUACAGCUUGA